CUCCGCUGACCCUGCCCUGGGCCCAACCAUAACAAUAAUAAUAAUAAUAACAACUAUAGCUUAUGUUUGCUCCUCAUAGAAACCAUAUGAGGCAGGACAAGGAACGUCUCUGUUUUACAGAUAAGACUGAGAGUCAGAGAGUCUAUGAGCUGGUCAGGGUCUCACAAGAGUAAGUAGUCAGCAGGAAGUUGAACUGGAAUUUUUUGGCCACAAGUUCAGUGUCUUUCCCAAGACCCCAUCAGCUGUAAAGAUAUGGAACCCCCUCCUCAGCUCCAUACCUCUCAAGGACCCAGAAUGGGCUCUUAUCUCCCUAGGUGAUUCAGGGGAACCCAUUCCUGGCUCCUGGUUUUUCUUUGUGCCGCAGGGUGAGUUGUGGGGAGAUACCCUUUCUAUCUUCAAGGUGAUGGGUAGAUGAAAGAGCCUUGUCGCCUGGGAGCCAACUCCAUAGAGGUUAGGGAUUUCUGUCUCCCAGUAGUAGCAGGAUUUUCAGGCACCCAUGGGAACCCAGAAAGAGAGCCUCUCUUGUCUUCAUGGUGAGCUCCUUAGGACACAAUUGUAAAGCCCCUCCUACCCCAAGGGAAAAGAAAUGUGGGGCCGUGUAAGGGAGAGGGGGGCCUGGAUUUGAUUUCUCUGCUCAGGACACAGCCACUUGUUAACUAAAGCAGUCCAAGAGUUCACAUUUUUUAAAACUGUAUUGAGGAGGAAAGGAAGUAAGAUGCCUAGCAGAACAAAAUUUUGGAAGAACCAAAAUACCCGGAAGUGAAAAAUGUCCAGCUAAGUUCUAGCUGCUGUGACCUUUCCUUUGCCUACUAAGGAGGAUCAGGUCAUGUGGUCUAUAAGAAGGAUAGCUAGUUCAUUCUGGAAGUGAAGCCUAGCAUCCCCCUUGUGCUGGCCACUUUGCUGAACCCAACUUCCAUCUACUUUCUUCCUUCUUUAUACCUCUACACCCUUCUUAAUCAUUCAGUGACCCCCAUCUCUGAUCCUCCAACUGCUUCCCCUGACACAUUUCUUUAAAAAAAAAUGAAUUCUUAGGAAAAAGAAAUGAAGUCCUUUCUCCAAAUAGCAUCUUAUUAUGGAGGUGACGUGGGAAGGAUCAUACACCCUUCAGACAGCCCUGGGUCUCUCUUCCUUCAGGGCCAUUGAUUCCUGGAAGCCCUUAGCUCUCCCUCCAGAGUGACUGGGUUCCUGGGGAAAAAAUUGGUAUUUCCCUGGCCUGGAGAGCCAACUCUAGUAGGGCCCAUGCAAAAGGACUGUAGGAGGGGAGGAUGGGGAAGCCCCCUCUGGUUUCUUUCUCACUGCCAGGGACCUAGCUGGGAAAUCCCACAGGCUGUAAAUGGAAAGUGGCAGCAAUUGCCGUUGGGAAGAAUAAGAAACCCCCAAUACUGCCUCACCUCCCAAAGAUGGGAAAUCCAGGGGAAGAGAAGGACAGGAAGCUGAAGGCAAUCCUAGGAUCUUAAUGGUCUGGCAAGCCUAAGGACUGUAAGGAUCAUUACCAGUGAGGACAGUUUUCUCGUGUCCCAGCCACACUCCUAACUUAGGCCAUGAUAUGAAUCUUUAAUACCAGCCAUCAACUGAUGAAUGAAAGACAGAUUUUGUAAUCUCAUAGAUUUUCUUUUAAUCCCAGCCACAGACUAACCAGUCAUCUUUGUCAUAUAAUGACUCCAACUGUGGCCACAGAUUGACUCAAUUCUAGCCUCAAAUUGACCCCAAAUCCAACCACUGAUCCCUAACUUGACCAUAGACUCUGAUGCCAGCCAUGGAUUAAUUCCCUAACAUUAACCAUAACCUGAUACCCUAACCAAGCACAAGGUAUUAAAAUUCUAUAAUCUGAAAAAGAAUCAGAAUAAGUGUGACUCUUUCAGUGCAACUUGUUCCCUCCCACUCUUGGUGGGGGAAAGCCCUCAAAACUAUUUUUCUUGUGGCUGCCUGGUCAAUGUCAUUUAAUGGGAGAGACAGCCUCAUUCUAGAAAUGUGCAAGAAAUGGGCAGGUAAUUUAUGUCUGCAGGAAAAACAGAUGGACACACCAUACUGCUAAUGCAGUGAAUGUUCUGUAAAUAGUCUGAACUGUUAAAAAUUCAGAGGAUGAGAUGAUCCGAGAAUCAAACUGGAGAUGGUAAAUGGCAAAGAGGAAGAGCCGAGACCCAGCUACCUAAGGAGGAAGCCAGUCCAUUAUCCCAACCCCUCUGUUGCCAAAAAAACUCCGGCCCCCCUGACUAUGGGAAGGGAAAUUACAUUUCCCCAUUUCAGAGGAGAUCGAGAGCAAAGCCGAAAGUGUAAGUAGUAGGGAAACUGAAAGUGGGGGCUGGCCCCCCCGUAUAAGAACCCCAAGAAGGGGGAUGGCUGGUAAGAAAGACAUUGCCAGAAGAUGAGAGACAGGAGCUGGCGAUUUAAUCUCUUGCUGCUCUCCUUGCUCGUGAGCAAAGCUGUCAUCUGGGGAGUCCCAUGGCCUCGAGGGCAACCUCCACAUGGUUUGCUGGACAUGAGGAGUGAGUUCAAGAUCAGCCUGAGGCUUGCCAGAAAGCUGCUUUCAGAGAUCCGGGGUAUUGCCCACCUCUUUGCAGAUACACAUCUGGUUGGGGUGUCCUUGGACUUCCUACCCCUGAGGGAACGGCUUCCCAAUGUUACCAUGACAUUCAAGACCUGGCUUCAACUUUCAGACCCAGAUCGACUUUACUCCCUUUCCAGACUUCUGGGCCACUUCCAGGAUCCUCUAGGAGAACUAGAGAGCCACCAGGGCUGGCAGGGUUCCCUGAGGAAACGUCUGUGGAUCGCUCAGAUGGACCUUAGAGACCUGCAGUCUCAUGUCCAUUUCCAGCUGAAGGCUACAGGAUUCAGUCCUCUGGAGACUAAGGAAACACUGGGUCCGGAGGAGAGGGCCUUUGGAAGACUUCCUCUCACUUCGCACCAGUUCUCCUGGCCACAGCUCCUGAGCACCUACCAGCUUCUACGAUCCCUGGAGCUAGUCCUUGCCCGAGCUGUCCGAGAUUUCCUUCUGCUCUCAAAGGGGAUUGCUCACACACAGUCCCUGACUACUUAAGAAGUACAGUCUUCAACCAAGGCGUGAUGACCUUCUACUCCCUGUAUCACCUUCCAGGAUUGUUUCCCUCCCUCCCUUACAUUUGGUUUCCAACCUGAGGCCAAACUUCCUGCCCUGAGCCAUUUGGGAAGGAGAGAUCCCAGAUUUUAGUCCAAUUACCCAUCCCCUGCCAGUGGUACCAUCUCUGGUUAAGAGACUGGCAUGUGCCCCUUUGGGUUCUUUCCCACCUCACGUGCUAAGCCCAUUCCCAUCCCAUAAUUUAAGAGCCCUUCAAGUUCAGGGAAGAUAUUUAUUUCUUGGAUAUUUAUUUAUUUUUCA